AUUCAAGGUUUCACUGUCGCUCACACAUGCUUAAAUAAUAUUUUAGUUGCUCUAUAAAUCUCAAAACCAUAAAGUUGCAUCUUUUACUUUUUAUUAUGCAGAUGGUACUCGGAGAAGCUCGUGAAAUGACAGUGGGGUAAAGAAGACCGUGUUUCUGAGUGGAACAAUUACAUAGACUCUCCCGGUAACUCACUACUCUACUUCUGUCCUUUAGCUCUAUUCAUGUUUAAUCUGAUGUUCCUAAUCAAUUCACAAGUUCUCUCACUGAGUUUCGUUUUUCUCGGUUUUCAUGUAUUCAAACAGGAGGAGUUAUAUGGAAAACUUCUCACUCAUAUUUUGGAGGUUUCUGGUGAACUGAAUCCAUCCAACUAAACAAUCUGAUGCAAAAGAAUCCAGUUGAUACUUGACUCUUAAUGUUUCUCAAUAACAUUUUCUUUGAAACAUAUCAAUUGAGCAACUUUUCAUUUAUAGGAAAGCAUACGGAAAUCUAUACAUAAGAAGGCAAUCAAAUUACAAGGAUAAUGUUGUAUUCUUUAUUUGGGAACCUUCCUCAUCUUCCUCAAGCUAGGUAUGAUCCGUCAAAAUAUAAAAAAGCUGAUGCAGUAAAGUUAAAUAGGAAUAUUUUUUCUUUUAUUUCACUAAUUUAUGGUGAUUUUUUCGAAACUUAGAUUUGUGAGGUAAAUAGCAACGCCACCUGUAGUUGCUGCGGUUGGCACUGAUAGCUUCAAGUAUGAAGCAUCAGUUAAAAAGGAGCUGAAAAUAGAAACCAUUUUAGACGUUUGGCAUCAAUUUCUCCAGGAGUGAGAUCCUCUGUCUCAAGCAAAAUGAAGUAAAUAAAGAAGAGAGACAAUAGUACUCAAGCUCUUAACAACUCCUGCAGAAAAAUACCCGGAGAGCUAAAACAUCCAAAACUCAUCGUUCGAAUGUUCAUAGUGUUCUAUUGCUCAGAAAUAAACUUUACGUAUGUUGUCCUAUAUCAAAAUGGGGAGCCUCUGGAGACAAACAGAGGAGAGUCUCGGGGGAUCUGUAGUACGGAUCCAAGCCAUUCAAGUCCAAGAAAGUUCAAGAGGAAGAAGCUCAUGCGAUCAUCUUUUGCUUUUUUUUUCCAUUUCCUGAACCUCUCAGUUUAGAAAAACACACGCAAACACACUAAAUAACACUUGAAUAAUUGUAGAGUAUUUGUUAAUGGUUUGAUGCAGUUGAAAUAUGAGUUAAGAGAUAUUUGAUCAAAUGGUGGCUAUGUAGAUGUCUAACUAAGAGAAUUUGGUGGGGAGAUGAAGGUUUGAAAAUUAAGGUUAUGUUAGUCUCAUGACGACUACCUCUAUAGGUUCUAUUGGCUGUACCAUUUUGACAACUUAGGAGAAAGAAGUCUUGGUAUUAGACUUGCGUAAAGAGUUGAAAAUAUCUGAUGACGAACAUCGAUAGCUUCUGAGCAAGCUCAAAAAUGACGAUACUAUCCAACUGAUAAAGUCAGACUGUUAAUAUUCACUAAUACAAAUACAAAGCACUAAUUUGUGUAGUAUAUUUUUUUUUUGCAGUCGUUUUGUAUUGCUGUUUAUUUUAAUAUAUGUAUAUAUUUGUUUAUUGACAACUCUUCCAAAUAGACAAUAUAAAUUUUUCCCACAAAAAAAAACUCUCAAAAAGGAAAAUCACCAAAAUAAAUUUUAUUAAAGAGCCAAAAGACUAUUUUAUUUCAUGCUUAUAUAUAUAAGUAAACUAGGUGUUUUGCCCGCACAUGCGGGUCUAAUUAUUUUACGCAUAUUUAUUAGUUUAUAUCUUAUUAGUUUAAAUGUUCUCGAAAGGCUUCAAUCAAACAUCAAAUUAUUUCUAUAUGACAAAUUUUUUUAUCAAAACAUAUAUACUUAUUACUGAGUCAAAACUUUUAAAACAUUCACAUAUUAAAAGUAUUUUUAAAAAUUUCUUUAAAGAAUUUUUUUGAUUAAUAUUUAAUUAUAAAAUAUUUUUAUCUUAGUACUUAAAUUUUUAUAAUAGAAAAAAUAUUUUUUUUCAAAUAACAACAGUAAAUAUAAAAGAAUUAUCUUAUAGACAAAAAUAUAAUUUUCAAUAAAAAAUAAUUCCUCCAAUAUUUUCAAAAUAUUUAGGAGACCUCUUAUGUUUUAAAAUAUUCAUUUUUUCUCUUUGCAAGUUUUUUUCUAUAUAUUUCCCAUACGACAUGUAAUCCAGUAUUCAUUUGGUAGCACAUAAAUAUGAGCUUUUGUGGUAACACAUAUUAGCAAAAUUUACAAUUAGUAGAAAACAUAUUUUUUUUAAAACUAAACCCUAAUAAAUUAAAAUCAUAAAUUGUAUAUGCUAUCGAUGACCUUAUAUUAAAUUCAAAAAUAUAUAAACUUUUUAUUACCAAAAAUAUAGAUACAAUCCUUUCAUGACAUAUAAGAAAAGAAUAUUUUGAUAUAAUAUUAAUAAGAUAAUAUCAAAUAGUUGUGUAAAUGAUAAUUAUCAUAUUUUCUUAAAAAUGUUUAUUAUCUAAUAAAAUAUUAUUCAAUUAUUUAUUAAAAUAAUUGAUUCACCUAAAAUCAAAUAGAAAUUUUAAUACAUUAAUAAAUAAGAUAAUAUCAAAUAUUUGCAUAGAUGAAAUAUGGUAAUUAUCAUGUUUCCAAAACUGUUUAUUAUUAAAAUAUAUAAAAUUAAGAAAACUGUUCACUUAGCCAAAAAUUAUAGAAAAAAUGACAAAUCAGCAAUGUGCGGACAUAAUCAUUUUGUAGAUGAUAUCAAAUAUUCAUGUAAUCAUGAGACUGAAAAAAUACAUGAUAAAUGUAUUAAAAUAUUUCAUAUGGUAUUUAUUUUGUUAUAAGAAAAUACAAAUAUCAAUAAUUAAACUAAUUAUUACAAAAUGUUAAAAUAACUUAAAUUUAUUAAAACAUACUUUAUUUUUUAUUAUAAAUAUUUUUACUUGCUAUUCAAUACGUUUUAAUAACAGAUUAACAUUUUAUAAAUUUUAAAACAAAUUAUAGAAUAAAUUUAUAUACAACAUAACUAUUUAGCAUUAAAAAAUUACUGCUAUUUAUUUAAAUUUUAAAAUGGUAUUAUCACAUAAAUUAAUAAUAUGAAAGUCUUAAUUUUGUAAAUAACCAACUAAAACUCACUUUGUCAGUUAAUGACACUUUUUGUGUUUUAGUUUUUUUUUCUUUUAUUCUGCAACUUCUUUUUUAUUAGUAAAAUAUUUGCAGAAUCGCGUUUAAGAUGUCAUUCCACCAUUUAGCAAGGUUACCAAUCAAAACCUGAGUAAACGGAAAAAGGCACUUUCUAGAAUUUGGUGGGAAUAUGUAGAUUUCUAUAAGCGAAUAUUUAUAUAACUAGGUAAAUCUCCGUUGUUGGUGGAAGAAAUGUUUAUAUGAAUGUGAUCUUUGGUCGGGUUUUUUAAGUAUGGAGUUAUCGUUAUCAAAAACCUCUGCUACCACCAGGGAUCUCCCAUUUCCACCGGUUAUAUUAGUCGACUAAAUAGGUAUAUCGGUUCUAUCCAUAACAACAAGAUCAUUGUCUCAGAUUUUUAUUUUUUAUUGAUAAUCUUAAAUAUUUUGUGUUAAAUGUAUGACUUUUCUUUAAUGGAAUGAAUAGAACAUUGAAUAAUAGGUUAACACGACUCCGUUUAAACUCAAACUAGCACUAAAAUAAAUCCUGAACUGCAUGUAAACAAAUACAAAAUACAUUUUGUAUUAUACACACUGCCACCAUACACUAAACUAAUUUCAUAAUCUCGCUUCUUUAAAACUAGCGGAUCCAUUAACCGAUCAAUAAUUUAACUAAUAAAAAGAAGUACGUCAACAUAGAAAACAACUACAAACGUUGAUUUUCGAAUUAAAACAAAUGAAUCUAAUGACAAAUGCUUUUUGUUAAAAAAUACAAAUGGCAAGCAUCCUGCGCGUAGCACGGACAAACCACUAGUUAUUAUAAAAAUUUACUACGUGCGCGAGUUAUCAUCUAGUUAGUUUAAUAAAAUAUAUAAAAUUUAGAGCCUUUAUGUUUAUGUCGUCGUCAUCAUCACGCAAGUUUCUCUUUCACUAGUGAGCUGAGCACAAAAUUGAUGUUAAUAAGUGGGCUUGGUUCUAAUAAUAUAGAGAUAUGGGCUGACACCACAAAAAGCCCAAAACCAACUAAUGAGUUGAAAAUAAAUGAGUUGGGUGAGCGAUGAGACGAAAGAUUGAAAAUCAGAGGAAUGAGAUCUUCUUCAUGCGAUCGGUUGCAGGAAGCUUUGUUGCAGUGCCAUCGUCGGAUGCCGGAAGGGCCGGCGCGGAGGUCUGGAUGCAGACAUCUGAACAAAGCGUUGGCGGAGUGCGUGGUGGGGGAGGCUUGCCCUGAGGAAUAUGAGGCGGUGAGGUCGUUCUGCUCAAGCGGGGGAACCAGCUUGAAGCGGAAACAGUGCGAGGAGGCCCAGUUCUCACUAUCUCUCUGUCUUUCUCGCCAUCAGAGAAACUUUGAGCCUUAGUUAACGAGAGAGAGAGGAUGAAUUGGCAUUGUUGGAUCUGGUGAGCUUGGAAUUAGGGUUUAGUGAAUUUCGAUUGAAUAUUUGAUCUCUUCAGCUUUGUGUUUGUGUGUGUUGAGGGAAGCUUUUUACCACAUCCAAAUGGUAGAGAGUGUGAAGGAUAAUUUUAAGAGAGGAUCAAAAGUUGAGCUGCAAAGUAAUCCUUUAGAUUGGUUUGAGGUUAUAUAAAUUGGAGGGAAAUCAAGAAUCUAUUGUGGUGGAUUGCAAUGAAACUUUCAGUCUGCAAUGAUUGAAUCUUGUAACGGUAUUCAGCUCUGUAGUUGGGGAUGAUGUUGCUUUCUGAUGGAUUUGUAUGAUUAGAAUAUUACAAACAUUGCUGCUUCUGUCUUGUGUAAGUAUUAGAAUCAAAGAGCUUUACGCUCGCUCUACUACGAACGUAUGAUCACAGGUCUAUUGUUUAAUGUAAUACGUUUUGUUCUCCGUUGUUGGGAGAGGAUGAAGAAGAAACUUCACACGA